UGGGAGUCCGCGAGCAACCUCCCACAGGAUGUGUGAGAGGAACUGGGGUCUCCAGUCACGAGAGCCAGGGCUGCAGGCCGGAAGGACUCGCUGGACGCUGGACAGAGGGGUGAGGGAGGCGGCCGGGCCCGGACCCUGGGGUCCGAGGAAGGAGAUGGGUGGACAGAACUCCACGAAGCGAAUUUCGGCCUGUCCAGGUCGCCCUCUCAGCAUGGGGGAGCCCCGGCCGCAGCCCUGGGCGCUCAGUCUCCUGCUCCUGCUCCUGUUCCUGCCUCAGACCUCGGGCGCAGAGAACCAUCUGUGCCUCCUGUACCACCUCACAGCUGUGUCGUCCCCUGCCUCAGGGUCACCUGCCUUCUGGGUGUCAGGCUGGCUGGGGCCACAGCAGUACCUGAGCUACAGCAGCCUGCGCAAGGAGGCCGAGCCCUGCGGGGCCUGGGUCUGGGAAAAACAGGUGUCCUGGUACUGGGAGGAGGAGACGACAGACCUGAGAAACAAGGAGAGGCUCUUCCUGGACGCUCUCAAAGCCCUGGAGGAAAAAGCCACCCCAGGUCCCUACACCCUGCAGGGCCUGCUGGGCUGUGAGCUGAGCUCUGACAACACUUCGGUGCCCACUGCCCUGUUCGCCCUGAACGGCGAGGACCUCAUGCAGUUCCACCCCAGGAACGGCACCUGGACGGGUGACUGGCCCGAGGCCCUGGCCAUCAGCACAAAGUGGCAGCAGCAGGCCGAGGCCGUGGACAAGGAGAGGACCUUCCUGCUCAGCUCCUGCCCGCAGCGGCUGCUGGGCCACCUGGAGCGGGGUCACAGGAACCUGGAGUGGAAGGAGCCGCCUUCCAUGCGCCUGAAGGCCCGGCCUGACAUCAAUGGCUUCUCCGUGCUCACCUGCAGCGCCUUUUCCUUCUACCCCCCGGAGCUGCAGCUGCGCUUCCUGCGCAACGGGCUGGCAGCCGGCACCGGGGUGGGUGGCUUCGGCCCCAACGGCGAUGGCUCCUUCCACGCGUGGUCAUCGCUCCAGGUGCAGCGCGGGGAUGAGCACCACUACCGCUGCCUGGUGCAGCACGCUGGGCUGCAGAAGCCGCUCUUAGUGGAGCUGGAGUCGCCGGCAGAGUCCUCCGUGCCGGUGGUGGUGGGCCUUGUCAUGGGCUUCCUGGUGCUCGCAGCGGCGGCCGUGGGAGGAGCCCUGCUGUGGCGGAGGACGCGGAGCGGGCUGCCAGCACCCUGGAUCUUCCUCCGCGGGGACGACAUCGGGGCCCUGCUGCCCGGCCCCGGACUGCCCCAGGAGCCCGACUCUCCGGACGCCAACGGUGCUGCCUGACGUCCCGGCCCCGCUGCUGCCGGCCGAUGUGGUCGCGUCUCUGCCAUGACACCCCUGGAAUCCUGGAUGUCUGAGCCUCCAGAACAAAUGCUGGGCCCCAGCCGGAGUUUGCCUGAGUGUCCCCUCCCGACAUCUCUGGCCCCUUUCCACCUUCACAUAUAAACACGAGUUUGGGCCCAAA